GUGCCUCCAAGCAGUUUUGUUGUUCACCUUACCAAAAUAAUGUUCGUAUGUUGUUUAUGUAACACUGUAACUGUUUAAAAUACGUUUACUGUUAAUUUAAAUCAUAUUUGUAAACCCCGUAAGUCUCCACUGUCACGUCCCUGUCCGGUUUAACAUGGUGAACGCGGAUGAAAUCGCCAAGUUAUGCUAUGAGCGUUUCAACCAGCUGCCCCGGAGAGGGAAGCCUGAGCCGGGCAGAGAGUGGACCCUGCUGGCCGCUGUGGUCAAAAUCACCCGGUGUGCUAACUCUGACACAGUUAAAAAGGAGGUUGUUUCCCUCGGAACUGGGACCAAAUGUAUAGGACAGACAUACAUGAGUCCCAAUGGUGAUGUACUCAAUGACAGCCAUGCAGAAGUCAUUGCCAGACGGGGAUGUAUUAGAUACCUGAUUAAGGAACUGCACAGAGCUGUGAGUGGUGGCGACGGCUCUGUGUUUUGUCCAGCUGAUCAGCAGGGGAAGUGGAGGCUUCAGCCGGGAGUUUCAUUCCUCUUCUUUACAAGUCACACUCCCUGUGGUGAUGCCUCCAUCAUACCCAUGCAGCAAGACAGCCAGUCUCAGCCCUGCCCCCCUGUCAGAUCUGUAAAGGGUCAUGAAGGGACUGAUGUACGAGGAGGCCUGAAAAGGAAAGCUGAGGAACCAAGUGAAGCACAAAACACUAAACUGCCACGUCUGGAGGAUCAGGAGACAGCAGAGAUGGGUCAGUCAAUAAAAACACCCGUGGAGACUGUCUUGGAAGACUCAGCACAACUGGAGAUAAAAACAAGAGGCCCCAAUGACAGUGCUGGACUGCAUCCACAGGUUCCAGACAUUCACAGAACAGGGGCCAAGUGUGUACCGGGUGGCCCAGCUGACCCUCUGCAUCCUGGGAUGGGGUACCACAGCACAGGGGUGCUUAGGGUGAAGCCUGGGCGGGGAGAACCAACUCUGUCCCUUUCCUGCAGUGACAAGCUGGCCCACUGGGCAGUGCUGGGCUUCCAGGGUGCACUGCUUUCCCAUUACCUACAGGAGGCACUCUACUUCAGCAUCAUGGUGGUGGGGAAGUGCCCAUACAGCCAAGAGGUCAUGCAGAGAGCUUUGGUCACAAGGUGCUCCCAUGUAUCAGACCUCCCUGCUGGUUUCUCUGUGUGUCCACCAGUGCUGCUCCAAUCCAGCCUGGAGUUUCCCUUCAGCCAUGCUCAGACAGUGCUGCGACACCAGGCAGGACAGGGACGCAUCUCCCCCUGUGGGGCAGGUUUGAGAGAGCCCGCCCCUCAAUCAUAUUGGCUAUCAGCAGUUUCACAGGGUGACGAUAGGACGAUUGGAUUUUGGUUAAAAUUGCACAACCCUUCCAUCAGCUGGUGUAAUGUCACUGAGCAGCCACUAGAUGUCACUGCCAACGGCUACAAACAUGGAGUCACAAAGAAGGCCUUCGGCACAGCUAAAGCCAGGUCUCUUCUGUGUAAACUGGAGCUUUUCCACUCCUUUCUGUCUCUGGUAUCCGCCACCAACCCUUCAGCACUUCCCAGUUCUCUCAGGGAAACAGAGCUGCAGACCUACUGGGACUACAAGCAGGCAUCCCAGUCGUACCAGCAGGCCUGGCAGCAGCUACACAGCCAGGCCUUCCCUCUGUGGCCACGCAGCAACAGAGAUCUCCUGCUCUUCCACUGAAAUCCCUCUCUCCUGAAACGUCUGCAGCUGAAAUGUUCCAUCAAGGUCGAUUAACAACUGGGAAGUCACAGGUCAAAAAUAACUGCUGUCCUAAAAUAGGACACUUUUCAGGUUGGAGAAGCUUGUGAAAUGAAAGAAUUGUAGUAUCAGACAUAUUGGACAAUAAGAAAUACAUAAUCAUCUUCAUCUUCAUCUCUUCAUCUUCAUCUUCAUCUUCAUCUUUUUCU